AUGAGCAUCAAUCUUUCCCACCCUGCUGUCCUGCAGCUUUGCUAUGAGAGUGUGAAUGGAUCUUGCAUUAAAACUCCCUACUCACUCGGAUCCAGGGUGAUUCUGUACUCAGCGCCUGGCUUAGCCUCUUUGCUGGCUGUGUUUGGUAACCUCCUGGUGAUGACUUCAGUUUUGCAUUUCAAGGAGCUGCACUCUCCUGCCAAUUUCUUGAUCACCUCUCUGGCUUGUGCUGACUUCCUGGUGGGGGUGACCGUCAUGCCCUUCAGCAUGGUCAGGUCCGUGGAGAGCUGCUGGUACUUUGGAGCCAGAUUUUGUACCCUGCACAGCUGCUUCGAUGUGGCAUUUUGUUACUCUUCUCUCUUCCACUUGUGCUUCAUCUCCAUCGACAGGUACAUUGCUGUUACUGACCCUCUGGUCUACCCCAGCAAGUUCACGGUGUCUGUAUCUGGGAUGUGCGUCAGCGUCUCCUGGACCCUGCCCCUUGUCUACAGCGGGGCUGUGUUCUACACAGGUGUCUGUGAUGAUGGGCUGGAGGGACUCUCUAGUGCCCUCAACUGUGUAGGAGGAUGUCAAAACUGGGUGUUAAUAGAUUUUCUAGCCUUGUUCAUACCUACUCUUAAUAUGGCAAUUCUCUCUAGCAAUCUUUUUCUUGUGGCUAGACGACAGGCUAAAAAGAUUGAACAUACUUGGAGGCAAGACAACAGUUAUAAAUCCAGAGUGGCAAGAGAGAGAAAAGCCACUAUAACCCUGCGUAUCAUGGUGAUAGCAUUUAUGAUUUCAUGGUUACUAUAUAGUAUUGACUCAUUAAUUGAUGCUUGUAUGGACUUCAUGACCCCCGCCUGUAUUUAUGAGAUUUGCUGUUGGUGUGCUUAUUAUGAUUCAUCCAUGAAUCUUUUGAGUUAUGCUUUAUUUUACCCAUGAUUCAGGAAAGACAUCAAAGUUAUUGUGAGUGGUUGGGUUUUCAAGGACAGUUCAGCCACCAUAAAUGUGUUGUCCAAACAAAUGUAA